GAAAACUGAAAGAAAAAGAGAAGGCAAGAAGGAAAUUGAUAAGGAAAGAAGAAUCUGGACGUGAAACAGGGAGAGUGGAGUGCCGACUUCUUUGAUCCCAGGUGUUGAAGGUUGGUUUGUUCUGGGAGGAUUUGUGAGUUGGUGAUUACAAGGUGAAGCUCCAUUACAUGAUACAAAGUCUGGUUGGGAGUUAGGAAGAGAUGGUCUGCACUGUUCUUGUACAUGAUACAUGGAAGCUUUGAUGGGCAAAGCUGAAAGGUGAAUUCAAGAGUGCACUUGGCUCGGGAAAAAUUGGAGCUUUUGGAAGUCUAAGAAAUCCCAACAAGAACCAUAUUUUCAAGGUGAUUAGUUGUUCGUUGAGUUCCACGAUUGCUUGGAGGACGUGAGAGUUAUAGCGCGAUAGCUGCAAACCGGAUAGUGUUGAUCCGGCAGAUCCCGGAUCGUCCUCGGCUGUGUAGAGUUCCAUUCACUAUUUGGAGGUCCCGUCACUUGUUGGGGUACUGCCCACAAGGCCACAACCUGCUGCAUUUCCUGGUUAACCGAAACAAGUAAAAAGUUGAUUCUUGUGCAUGCCUGUUGCCAUUGAUGCCUUUAAAUAUAUACUUAAGCUGACACUUCAAUGCAAUAGCACUUGCAAGAGGAGAGCAGUCAUGAUUUCUCUCUUUAUGAUUUUGUUCUCUUUUCCCUCGAUUAUUCUUUGCAAUGUUAUUCCUUCAUACGGCAAACUCCCAUUGUCUCCAAAUGCUAUGGGUCCUGAGGCCCUUGCCUUCAAUUCUAAGGGUGGAGGACCCUAUACAGGAAUGGAGGAUGGUCGAAUCCUCCAAUAUCUGGGACCUUGUGUUGGUUUUCACGACUUCGCAUUCACUUCACCGAACAGGUCUAAACGGGUGUGCGACGGCAACACAAAUUCAAGUUUAGGGUCUGUAUGUGGCAGAACAUUUGGUUUGGGCUUCUACUUCCGGACAGGGGAUCUAUAUAUUGCUGAUAUUUAUCUCGGGCUCUUGGUUGUGGGUCAGAAUGGAAGGCUUGCAACCCAACUUGCCAAUAGCGCGGACGGCGUUCCCUUUCGAUUCACUAAUGCAUUGGAUGUUGAUCAACGAACCGGAAUCGUUUAUUUCACAGAUUCUAGCUCUGUGUAUCCCCGAAGUGCUGUUGAGGAAGCAGUUGCAAGAGGCGACGCGACAGGGAGGCUACUGAAAUUUGACACUAGAACUGGACAGGUUACCGUGUUACUGGGGGGGCUUAAAUCAUCAGGUGGUGCUGCAGUCAACAAAGAUGGAUCAUUUGUACUGGUGACAGAAUACGGUGCCAAUAGAGUACAGAAAUAUUGGCUGAAAGGUCCAAAAGCUAAUACAUCAGAAAUUCUGGUCUCUCUUCCUGGAAGACCUGGUAACAUUAAGAGGACUCCAUUGGGAGACUUUUGGGUGGCAGUAAACGUAAACACAACGACUAUCAGACCCACAGGAAUGAAAAUCAAUGGUCUUGGCCAGAUUUUGCAGACAGUUGCUCUUGAUGCAUUGUACAAUAAUAAAUCAGUGUCUGAAAUCCAGGAGUUCCGGGGAAAACUAUACAUCGGGUCGAAUGUUGCAAGUUUUGUCGGUGUUGUCAAGAUAUAAUAGAAUUAAGCUCGAGCAAAUAUCACAGAAUGAAUGUAUUAAAUAAGAGAGUACUUUUUCUAUCGUGUUAAGUUAGCAUUAAAUAAGCUUUGGCGAGCAUAAUGAAAGAUUCUGGUUUGCAGUUUCAAAUUUAGUACAUAACUUGUUAAAUUUAUUGUUAUGAUGCC